UAAAAAUCGACAGUAAUCGGCUUGAGAUAACAGUAAAAGUUGCGACAUAAACGCCCUAUACCAUGGGAUAUCUACUUAUGCUAUUGUUUCUCUAUGAUACAGUAUCACCACAAAAUGAUACAUAAGAAGGUGGGCAUCUAGCUUUAAAAUGAAUGAUUGAAUGUGGUUUGUGUUGUUGUUGUCGCCAGGAGGGUGUGGCAUAGAGGGCGAGGAUGACCGAUGGGACUUUGGCACUGCUGCCGGGUUCUACCUGGACGCCACCCGUGAGCCAUGGGCCACCAACUACCGCAUGUACUCCUAUGUCACACAGGAGCUGCCGCAACUCAUCACCCAACACUUCCCCGCACUGGAUACUAGCAGGCAGAGCAUCAUGGGUCACAGUAUGGGCGGUCACGGCGCACUGAUCUGCGCCCUGAAGAACCCGGGCCUGUACAAGAGUGUGUCGGCAUUUGCGCCCAUUUGCCACCCGACUGCGGCGCCUGUCGGGCGCAGUGCAUUCGAGGGAUAUUUGGGCGCAGAGCAGGAGGACAAGUGGGCCCAGUAUGACGCUACCUGUCUUGUACAACACUACGACGGACCUCCGCUGCAGAUACUCAUCGAUCAGGGCCUGUCCGAUAAAUUCCUAGAGGCCGGUCAACUGCAGCCCGAUGAGUUUGUAGCCGCUUGCAAAAAUGCUGAAAUGGCAGUUAUUUUGAGAAAGCGCGAGGGUUAUGAUCACGGCUACUUCUUUAUUUCUACUUUCAUUGAAGAACAUUUCAAGCAUCACGCUCAGUACCUGAAAAGCUAAAAGGAAUCUACCUGCAAAGCUUGGUAAAAUCUACCUGAAUAGGUCAAAUAAUCUACUUGAAUAACAACUGAAGAAACAUGAUCCGUCGAGUUGCAUUGAACAACAAAAGUUCGUCUCAAGAGUGAGUAAUAUAAUAUGGAAUUGAAUCAUUACAAUAAAAUUGUUGGAAUUCAUGAAUUAUGUUAUUGAAUGAAUAAAUUGCAAACGUUCGGAACCCA